AUGGAGACUGAGGCCACCCCCUCUGAGUCACGUCCUACCACCCCGGAGCCUCCGGGUUACGUGAAUCCUCUCGAGUCCAGCUCUCGAUGGUACCUGACUGCUCGUGCCCAAGCCAUUCGCUCAGCUGCGAGUCUGGGCUUCAGCAUCGCCAAUCGUACCAGUCCUCCUGCACCCUCGCCGACUCGAGAGAUUUGGCUCGAUGCUACGCUAUCAAACGCCGGCGCCAAGACAAAGAUCAAGGCCGAAGUAUGGAUGCCGCCCCGUCCCGCUCUCGGCGCUCGGGCUGCCGUUAUUAACUUCCACGGUGGUGGUUGGAUCCUCGGCCAGGGUACCGACGACGCCCGAUGGGCCGGCACUAUCAUGACGAAUCUGGAUGCCGUCGUAUUCACUGUCAACUACCGUCUUGCCCCUUCAUGUCCCUUCCCAACUCCCAUUGAGGACUGUGUCGAUGCUGUUCUCCAAAUCAAGCAUCGUGCUGCCGAGUUUGGCAUCGACCCUGAGCGCAUCAUUCUCUCGGGCUUUUCUGCAGGUGCAACAAAUGCCUUGUCAAGCUGGCUCAUCCUCAACGACCCUGCUCGAUGGGGCUACAAGCUCCCCAUCGAGCCUCCCAAGAUUGCGGGUCUGACGCUCUAUUAUCCUGUUCUGGAUUGGACUAUCUCCCGUCCCGAGAAGCGACUUACAUGCGCUAAGCCUGAGUUUACCUUGCCCAAGGGUCUGACAGAUCUGAUCGAUGCCUCUUUUGUCUACCCGAUCAUCCCGCGUGAGGAACGCUGUGAUCCAAGAAUGUCACCAGGUCUGAUGCCGGAUGAGCUGCUGCACAGACUUCCUCCAGUUCACCUGGUCUUGUGCGAGUAUGACAUGCUUCUUGCAGAGGGCCUCAAGUUCUCGAACCGUCUUAAGGCUGCUAACAAGAAACACACAUUACGCGUUGUUGAGGGCGAGAAACAUGCUUGGGAUUGUCCACCGCCCAUGACACCAAAGGAGAGCGUCUUCGUCGAGUACCAGGAGGCAAUUGAGAACAUGGCCUCUUGGUUUGGAAAGAAGUGUGAGACCGAUACAGAGUCAUUACGGUCAAUGAAACUCAAGCGUGCAGUUUUCAAGCGGCCCAAGUAUCUCUCCUACAAUACCUGGUCUGGGUGGUAG